GCAGAGCUCACCUUCUCGAUGCCUCUACCUACUUAAGAGUAACGCUACUCUCUGAUACCAUGUUGCAUAAUCUCGCUUGUUUAUUGAAAAUGAGAUUAUACAAGAAAUAUCUGUUCACACUAGGAUUACUUUCUAGCUAGGGUUGACGUGGCAGGUUAACGAAGAGAAGGUGCUGGAUUGUUUCACCAACAGGAUUUAAGUUUUCAGCUGGUGCAAUAACCUGCAUAGCAAUUUUAUCCUUUUUGUCCAGUUGGUCGAUGGGUGUAUUCUAGCGUGGAAAUCAAAACGAUUCCUCAAACCACCACUGCCUGUUUUCUAAGACGACUCCAGCAGUGGGAAUCCAAUUCAUUCAGACUUUGAUUGCAAUCGAAUUACAGAUGAUUCAUAGCUCUUGAAGGUGGUUAAUGAAAUGAAGCUCAAUUUGAAAAAUCGUCGCUCGUAGUUUGUGUCACUGCAUGCCACUGCAUCCACUGGCCGAGUUCACGUGAGCAGGUCGAGUGGGAUGAUGCCAAUAGAUGUGCAAUGAGUGAUGCGAUGUUGGGUUCUCAUGAGGAGCGUAGGGGAACCGUUAGGUUUUUCUGGGGUCCCGAACGAGUGGCGGUUUCUAAUUCAUUCUGCCUAUCUCAAUCUCAAACCCCUGCCUGUGCUGGCGAUCGGCUGUUCUCAGUGAUGGAUUAAUAACCCAUCAUCGUAUUCCAUUGUGCCACUGUUGAGUUGUAUCUCGGUUGCAGGAACCAGGUUGGUAGUGCUAGUUCACGUUCUUUGCCAUCGGUGGUUCAGGAACUUGAAUGAGGGCUGCUGGUGUGUGUCGGCGAUCAACUGCUGGUGUAAUGCAGCGCCGACAGGCGAAGCGUUGAAGUGUAGAAAUUGCAUGAAACAUACCUGCAUUUAUCCAAGGUUACGAGCUUCGUACGUGUCUUGCUGAUUCGAAUUUGCGUUGGGUUCAUCUCUAGGUUUGUCAGAAUUCGCGAUUGACUUGGGACCUUGAAUUUUUUUCGCAAAUUCCGAAAGUUACUGAUCCAUGAAUUGGAGGAGUUGAUUCUUUAAACUCCGACUGAGCGAACGGAGGAAAAUUAGCAUGUACAAUGUCGAUCUCAAGGGCUGCGGAAUGGGAGUGACACAGGAGGUUGUAUUCGUUCAAGGCUUACGCAUGCUUGGGUUGCUAUCCGCGUCGACGGCUGCGUCAGAUUUCGCUGAGGGUUUCAGCGAACACUUCAAAGGUAUGCUGCAACUGGUUCCACAUUUCUUUGAUCGUGAAGACCAGUUUUCAGGAAGUUGGACUGGUGAAGGAAUGGGGAACCCAAGACUCUCACUCAACGCAACGCCUAAUUCUAUGAAUGUUUACAUGGACACAGGGAAUCCACAACUGAACUGCACCCUCGAUAGCGUUCUCAAGAUCAGUGGGAUUGGAGCUGCUCAUGCCGCGACACAAGAAGCCUACAGUUUGUUGAAGAAAGAGGUGCCGACGACAAAAUGCGACCUUGAAAGAAUCGUCAAAAAGGCCGGAAGAGAGGGUCUUCAAUGGGGCAUGGUAGCAGGGAUCUACGCCGGGAUUGAGUACGGCAUGGAGAGAGCCCGAGGCAAGCAAGAUUGGGUAACAAUCACUCUCCAAACACAAACAAAAGAAUGCAGCGGUUGGAGGUGUCGUGACAGGCGCGAUGCUGUCUGUGUCGGAUGGGAUUAUCAACCAAGACAAGAUGGUCCGCACCGCCCUCACAGCAGGAGCUUUAGCCACUGCUGCUGAUCUGCUCAAGUUCUUUUAAUUAUGGGUCAAGCUUUGUGUUGGUGCUCUGAAAUUUGCUAUUCAUUGCGUGUAUUGUGGUAGAGACAUUCAUGUGUAUGCUGAAGGAUUUGGGUGGUUAGAUGCGUUCGGAGAAUGAAUCACAACACGUAGCCUAUCCUACUUCAACAAUGUAUAUUCCUCAAAGCACUAUGUUAAUAACAAUUGGACAUCAGUAUUUUCCACUGUACAGAAUAGCUAUGUUUGUUUGUGCAUUAGUUUAAUGCAUCCAACACAGAAAUAAAUGAUUAGAUAGAUGGAUGAGUAACCUAUUAUUUUA